GGAAAGCUACCGUCUUGUCAACAACCUAGCUAGCUGUCAUAGGCAUGUAUGCAUGGUUAGAUAUAAAUCCUGACCCUUGGCAAACUCAAUUAGCAAGGCAGUAUUACAAGUUCCAGCGAACUAAGUAUGUAUGGUUAGAUAUAAAUCCUGACCCUUGGCAAACUCAAUUAGCAAGGCAGUAUUACAGGUUUGGUCCAAGUGAUUCUUCUAACUAGUUUGUACCAGUCUUAUUAACUGUGGCGGCAGCUGUCAGUUGAGGAGGCCAUGGGAGGCGCAGUGUCGGAGCUGGCCGGAGCCGGCAGAGAGAGGCGGAGCAGGAAGAGGAAGCAGUUCCACACGGUGGAGCUGAAGGUGAGGAUGGACUGCGACGGCUGUGAGCUCAAGGUCAGGAACACCCUUGCCACCAUGAAAGGGGUGGAGUCGGUGGACAUCAACCGGAAGCAGCAGAAGGUGACGGUGCAGGGGUUCGUGGAGCCGCAGCGGGUGCUGAGGCGUGCCCAGUCCACGGGGAAGCGAACCGAGCUGUGGCCCUACGUACCCUACACCAACCCCUACGUGGCGCCGCCGUCCUAUGACAAGAGGGCGCCGCCGGGGCACGUGCGCAGGGUGGACUCCCUCAUCGCGCCCGCCGGCGGCCAGGAGGAGAGCCUCGCCACGCUCUUCAGCGACGACAACCCCAACGCCUGCUCGCUCAUGUGAUCCAUCGAUCUAGCUCUCGAUUUGAUUGCGCUGUGUACGCGUUUCCGUGCGUCAGAGCAGAUAUUGGUUUGAAUGAACGAACUAGCUAGCUAGUAAACAGGAGCAUGGCACAAUCGUUUCAUUGAAGUUUUUUCGAGCAAUUCGGGGGGAGAGAACCCGCACUUACGUUGAUAUAUCCAUCGAAAUCAGGUA